GCCGCCUAAGGAGGGGCAGCAGCAGGAUUCGAAAGUGAAGUGCUCAAUGUGUUCGCGCUGGGCUUGGACGAGAAAGUUGCAGAUGUACAAGAACACGUGCCUGCGCGGGGCGCCCUUGAGCAACCUUCCGCCGCCUGAGUCUGGCGAGGCAGGCGGUGGAGGGACCAAACCCUCCAAGGGCAUGGGCAAGGGCAAGGGCCAGGCCGCGUUAGAGCUGCAGCUCGAGGCCGCCAUCGAGGACCGCGGCGGCACCGAGCAGGCCAAGGCGGCCCAGGCGCUGCUGGACGCCACUCGGGCCGCGGGCAAGAAGGUCCAGAGGGCCCAGACGGCCUUCGACAAGGCGCAGUCGCAGCAGCUCAAGUUUACAUUGGAACUGGGGAAACGCAAGAACAUGUUGCAGGACGCUGCGACCACCUCGGCACAAGCGGAAGCCGAGAGGGCCAUUCUUUUCCGCUCCAUGGUGCCUACGGUUGCGGCAGCAGGUGCUCAGCAGUCAGUGGCGCCGAGCAGCACCAUCGAUUUGUCGGCGCUGCUGUCGGCGCAGUCGGUGGACGAGCCGAUGAUCACCAUAUCGUUGGGCGAGGAGUUCAGCAAUGCGGACGGGCCCACGGGGCAGAGCGACGCGGGCGAGCUGAAGCUGAAGGAGCACCGCGAGAACCUCUUGGCGAUGCGCGAGAAGGUGGCCAAGCGGCGCAGGGGGCAUUCGCCUGCGCCGCCGCCAGCAGUCGCGCCAGGCGGCUCAGGCGGCGAGGCGGGCGCCAACGGUGGCGCGGCGGGCCAGGCAGCUGGGCAUGAUGGGGCAGGCGCUGGCGCUGCGGAGAGCACGGCGCCUGGUGGCGCCGCUGCAGGGGUGAACGCUGUCGAGGUUGCGCGCUCGACGGCGAUCGAGACGAAGCUCAAGUCGGAUGCGGGGGCGCUGCUGGCGUCGGUGAGAUCUGCGGCGGGCGCCGCGGGUCGGUGGUCGAGGGGCGUGCCCGCCAGCUACGAGUCCGAGUUCGGCCCCUACAUGGUCUGGGCUGCCGGCUCCAUCGACGGCCGAGAACCCCUCGUUCCCGUUCGGUCGGUCGUGCGUGCUCGUGAAGCGGACGCCCUCAUCUUCCCUGAGACCCACGCGCCCGAGACGGGGUCUUAUGAUUUGCUACGCGGCUGGAGGGAGGCGGGUUACAUCGGUAUGCUCUCUGCGGCUUACGAGGCCAACGGCAAGUUCAAAGCGGGUGGCAUUUGCAUGGGCACGCUGAAGAAGUUCAAGGUUCAGUCCAUGCGGUAUCUUGCUUCGGCUCCGUCGGACCAGGUUGGAUUGCGCGACUUGGAUCGGGGCCCGAAGGACCAGCCUGGCAUUGACUUCCGUGACAUGGUGGCCAUGCAGUUGCGCGCGCAGGGCCAGUCAUUGUUGAUUCUUGGAGUGUACAUGACGGCGUCGGUUGGCCCGAAGGCGAACGCUCCCAAGCUGGCCAACAUCGGUACCUUGGUUUCUACCAUCCAGGGGCCGCGGCUGGAAAUUGGUGAUUGGAACAUGACCCCGAAGGAGUUGGCAGGCACGGGGUGGCUUUCUAUGGUUAAUGGUUAUGUGGUCACUCCGUCAAACACUGGGUACACGUGCACUCUGGGUUCGGGCAGAAUGCUGGACUACAUGGUGGUCUCGCAGCGCGCGUUGCCGCGGGCGGAGUCUCUCUCGGCCGACUUUCGGGCGGUGGAGGAGGCGGGCAAGGCUCACUGCGGGCUCCAGCUCAGCCUCAACUUUGACGCGGAGUGGUCGGACGCGGCGAAGGAUUGGUUGUGGCAGCAGGUGGCGCCCCAGUCCUUGCAGCCGACUAUUCCAGAUUUUGUGCAGCAGUCUUUGGCCUUUCAAGCGACGGAGACGGAGACUCAGGACCUUGGUGUUGAGUUCGCGUCGUGGGUAUCUACCAUGGA